AACCCCAAGAAAAGCACCUCGAGGUAACACCGACAGAUGGCUCUGAUUGGAAUCGCUGUGUUAAUAAUUCCUGUUCCUUUGCUGGUCCAGCUGGCCCUGCUGAAGAUGAGGGUGGUGCUCCUGCUGCUCCUGGUGUCCGUGGGGAACGUCGGAGCCGAGUUGGAGAAGGGCCCCCCCAGGCGCCUGUCGUGCGUGCGCUGCUGCGGCCCCUCGGAGCAGCCCGUGUCCAUCCUCUCCUCCAGGCACACCAGGAUGAGCAGCAGCCCCUACUCUGUGCCCAAAGUCCAGCCCACCAUAGACAUCACCAUCCUCAAAGGGGAGAAGGGCGAGAUGGGAGAGAAGGGAUUCCCUGGAGCAGCUGGGAAGGCUGGAGAGAGAGGAUUACGCGGCCUGAACGGCAGGAAGGGCCAGAAAGGGCAGCCCGGCCCUCAGGGCCACUCCUGCAAGCAGCUCUUCGCCGCCUUCUCGGUGGGCCGGAGGAAACCCCUGCACAGCUCCGACUACUUCCAGCUCGUCACCUUCGACACCGAGUUCGUGAACCUCUACCAGCACUUCAACAUGUUCACGGGGAAGUUCUUCUGCUACGUGCCGGGCGUCUACUACUUCAGCCUCAACGUGCACACGUGGAACUACAAGGAGACCUACGUGCACGUGAUGAGGAACGAGCGGGAGGCGGCCAUCCUGUACGCCCAGCCCAGCGAGCGCAGCAUCAUGCAGAGCCAGAGCCUCAUGCUGGACCUGCAGGAGGGCGACGAGGUCUGGGUCAGGAUGUUCAAGAGGGAGAGGGAAAACGCCAUUUACAGCGAGGAGUCCGAUGUCUACAUCAUCUUCAACGGGCACCUCAUCAAACCGGCCGGGGAGUAGCCGCUCGCCGGCUCCGGGCGCGAGGCUUUGGUAGAUCCAGUAGAGUCUCCCCUCGUAGAAGUGCACAUCUAGAUCUGCUUGGAAGGGUUACAGAUCUGUAAGGGUUGUCUGUCCAUGCCCAGUGAGGGUGGAGGUGGCUGUUCCAAGGUGCUACGAGCUGCACAAGCACCCACAAGGCUUCAACUCCAGCUUUGCAACCCUGUGUAGGCCCCCAGUAACAUCCCCAUCAAGCUGGCAGCAAAAAUUUAACUCCUUUGCUCUCCUUUAGAG